AAAGCAAUACUUGAAUACAAAGGAGGGAAUUAGAAUGGCCGUGAAAAUUGAGGGUUGUAUUUGCAAAUCUCCUAACUAUGUACAAAGAUAUAUACCAGGGCUUCAUUUUUGUUCUCGUCAAAGAUAGAACCAUGAAAAAAGCGAGGAGGAAGGAGACGACCGGGACCAAUCAACAAUGUCUUACGAUGAAACAAGAUGAAAAAGAUCCGUUUUCAAUCAUUCCUCUCAAUCUGAUCGUAGAGAUUCUCAUGAAAAUUCCGACCAAAUUUGUAGCCAGCCUAGUCUUGGUUUCAAAAAAAUGGCUAUCAAUAAUCCGUCGCAAAGAUUUUAUCAACCUGUACAUGUCUCGAUCCUCGAAUCGGACGCGUCUUCUCUUCACAAUCUUCCGCAUGCACGGGAGAGAGCAGUUCUUACAAACCUGCUCCCAGGUUGAUCCAUCUUCUAAUGAUCAUCGUCAUAGGUUAAACAUAACUCAACACCGUAUGCAUGUGUAUGCUUUUUCUCCACCCAUCCGCGGCUUGAUCUGCCGUCAAAUGGAUUCUAAAGUGGUGAUUGCAAACCCUAGCACGGGCCAGCUCUUAACGUUACCUAGAGUCAAAACUAUUAGAAGAGGUGUAUUAUCCUUUUUAGGGUAUGAUCCAAUGAAUGAUCUGUAUAAAGUCUUGUGCAUGACGGUACUAGGAGGUCAUCAAGGAGGUCAUCAAAGACGUUCACAAGUUGUGUCAGAGGAGCAUCAAGUUUACACUCUAGGAGGAGGUCAACAAAAAUGGAGAAUGAUUGAAUGUGAGCAUCCUCAUCUUCCUCCUCCUACCUCUUGUGUACCUGCUAAAUGUAUAUGCAUAAAUGGGAUACUAUAUUAUUUAGGGGGGGGAGGGGAGAAUUACACAGAGGAAUCUCUAAGAUCUUGUUUAGCCAAAGAAUCUGCUUUUUCAUUGUUCUUGCGAGAAAUAUGA